CAUAGUACUAAGUUCGCGUUUCACGUGAAAUGGCUGUCAAAAUCCAUACAAAUUGCAUUGCUGUGAAAUAUGCGUGAAAUUUCACAUGCGUCUCAUGGCAAAGUAGUACUCAGUUCACGCCGUGAAAACACCGCGCAACAUGCUAGCAACAUGAUGCCAGCAACAUUUUUUCACCGCUAUUUAAAAUGCUCAUGUCAUUUAAAAUUGAGCGAAAAGUGACAUUUGUUGAAAUUGACAAGCAGUUGAAAAGUUUGAAAUUAACAAAACAUUGGAAAAAUGGAGAACACAACAGCUACCACAAAAAGGGCAAAAAUCCAAUUAAAUGACGAAGAGAGGAAGAAAUUACUGGCGGCUGUUAAAGGAUUCCCAUGUAUUUGGGACAAGCAGCGAAAAGAUCACAGUAACCGAAACGCACUUUCCAGCGCUUGGUACAAAAUCGCGCAAAUUGUCGGUAAACCUGAGGAACCUUGCAAAGCAGCGUGGAAGAGCCUUAGAGACAGCAAGCGGUACUAUGCAAACAAGGCAAAAAAAUCGGGAAGUGCGUGCGAUUUGGAGGAUCUCAACUUUGCGAGUGAAGUGACUGAGUUCGAAUACUCAGAAGACAUGGCGUUUUUAAGCGAAACGUCUUCGCAAAGAGUAACGUUUUCCAGCAUGGAUGGUUUAGGAGCAGGCACCAGCUUCGACGAAAGUUUGGAUCCCCCCGGCUAUAAUUAUGUACGAUUUAGUAUAAGAAUCGCCAAUUCUUAACAUAAACUAUUUAAUGAACUUUUUUCCUGUUCUAUUUCCAGACGUCGACACCUAGCACAUCGGCAAAGCGCUCCAAUGCCUCUAAUGCGGCUCUGCAAUCUUCGGCGGAGAAAAUUGUGG